AUGACCUCCUCCUCCGCCGCCUCCUCCUCCCACCUCCAUAUUACCAUCACCAACAACGCCUCCUCCACCAUCACCACCAACACCAACAAUAACACCAAGUCGCACCACUCCAGCAGCGUCUCCCCUCGCAGCGGCAGCGGCGGCUCCGGCUCCGGCGGUGGGGGUGGGGGUGGGGGUGGCACGACCAACCAGGCCUGCGCGGCGUGCAAGUACCAGCGGCGCAAGUGCAACCCCGACUGCCCCCUCGCGCCCUACUUCCCCGCCGACCAGCAGCGCCGGUUCCUCAACGCGCACCGCCUCUUCGGCGUCAGCAACAUCCUCAAGACGCUGCGCCGGCUCAAGCCGGAGCUGUGCGACUCGGCCAUGCAGACGCUCAUCUACCAGGCGGAGAUGCGCGCCAUGGACCCCGUCGGCGGCUGCUGCCGCAUGAUCAUCGACCUCGAGCACACCAGCGAGCUCCUCUCGGCCGAGCUCGCCGCCCUGCAACAGCACCUCGACAUGUGCCGCCAGGCCGCCGCGUCCGGCGUGGCCGGCGGGGACGUCAUGGACGGCCCGUGCGCUGACCUGGAGGUCACCUCCUCGAACCACCAGCAGGAGCAGCUGCUCCUCCACGCCGACCAAGAUCAUCAUCAGGCGCUCUACGUCGGCCAAGAAGGCGCCGACCCCGUGAUACAGAACGGCGCCGAUCACGACGACAGCCGGCAACCGCAGUAUCACGGCGGACAGCAGCAGCAGCAACAGCAGCUGUACGACUAUUUCUACUACGAGGCAACCGGUGCCGGCAGCGAUGAGGCCGGGAGAAAGCCCAGUGGCAGCGGCGUCGACAUUAACGUCGACGUCAUGCAGCAUUUCGAUUACGACUCCAGCUGCGAGGUUGAUGAUCAUCACAAGGUGGAUCAACUGGAGCCGAUGAUCUCGUCCAGCCUCGACGAGCACUACCAGAUCGGACAGAAGGAGUACGAGAUGAAGGUGGCGUCGUUCGUCGAUGUGUUGGACGUCAGGCCGGAGCUGCAGGCGGUGGACGGGAACGCGGACAUCGGCGUCAAGGAGGAGCUUCAGGAGGAGGAUCCCAAGAAUAACGACGACAUCGCACUACGUAAAGCAGCACACAUGGCGGCUGAGUCAUCACAUUGCAGGCUAGGGUUAGGCUUUUAAGUACAUCUCUCUAAUGCGGCAUCAACCCAUUCAUGUUUGCUUAACUUGUUUUGAUAGAGAGAGAGAGAGAGGCUGUAGAAAGUAUAAUAUUGUUCUUUCUUUUUUCAAAUGAGUCGCGGCUCUAUAGUCUAUAUUAAUCAACACCAGUA